UAAAGAGAUUAAUAAAAUGUACGGUGUCUCUCACUUCCGACACAACUCUCCAACAAAGAUAAAGAGACGGAUACUUCUAGAUAUACGGCGAAUCCUCUCAUCUCCGAUCAUGAUAUCUGUUGUUAUCAUCACUGAGCUACUUGUGGAGUACACGACUGCACUCGCGAAACUCACGGCCGGGAUUCUUCCGAGACGGCGAGGAGACAAUGACGUUAUACGGAUUGGUGGUUUCUCACUGCGUUUUCCUGCUAGAUCGACACCUGUUCCAGAUUUUUCUUCUCAUCUAGUCGAUUUCUGAUCUGUGCGCAGCCAACUUUCUCAGAUCUCAAUUUUGUGUUUCCUCCGGAGCUUUCUAGGAGAUUGUGGUGCCCGAGACCUUUUUUUUUCUUAAGAAUCUUUCUCUAGAUUUGGGGUUGAUCACUUGAUCACAGCUUUGUAAAAAUUGUAUCGAUCGAGUUAUAUAAUAUAUAUUAUGAUUUUGAUUAA